AUGACCAACUCUCUCUCUGCUGCUGAAUGCGCCUUUUACGCCGUCCUCAUCAUCCCCGUUCUCUUCCUCAUCGUCCGACACGGCCUACACGGUCUCCUUGGAUGGCUCUUCCUAGCUCUCUUUUGCACUCUCCGAAUUAUCGGAGGUGGUAUGGCCGUUAAUGAUUCUAGCCCUGCCGCCAGUAUCAUCUCCAACGUGGGAUUGUCUCCAAUUCUCCUUGCGGCGGCUGGUAUCCUACAUGAAGCGAGAACUUACCGCCUCCAGAAUGUCGACCAAAAAGUCGAAUGGGCUUUCGCUCUCCUCUAUCACAUCCCCGUCGUCACCGGCGUUGCCCUCACGGCCGCUGGGUCGUCCAAACUCCAGCACCACGAACAACCCAUCGAAAAGAAUGAAAAUCUCGUGAAAGCCGGUAUGUCCAUCUUGGUGGUUUCGUGGGCAAUCCUGGUGGGUUGGACGGGCCUUUCAUUCGCGGCUCCCAGGGCCAGGAGCGUGGAUCGUGCGCGGGCUGGGACGGUGCUCCUCUGGUCUAUUGCCUUUUCGCUUGUCCUCCUUGGAAUUCGCGUCUUCUACAGUCUUGUAACAUUGUCCACACGGAAGCCCUAUCUCAACCCGACCACUGGGUCCCUGGCCAUCCGGGUUAUUCUGGGCUUCCUGCCCGAGUUGAUUGCGACCAUUGUCUAUGUGGCUGCUGGACUCAAGACGCAUGGAGUAGCCAAAAUUGUGCAUCGGGAUGGAGGGGAUGAUCAAUUAUGA